AUAUAUAAUUGUUGGACACACGAAAGCAGAAACGCAACGUUCCAGACCCACUCGUCUCCUUCCUUUUACCUCACUUCUCUUUAUCCUCUAUCAAUGGAGACACGACCAUCGUCAUCCUCAGCUCCACCGGCGAUGAAUCUUAACCUCGACAAUAUUAGAGCUCUCCAACUCCUCGGAAAAGGCGCCACCGGAACAGUUUUCCUAGUCCACGACUCUGUUUCAGACCCCUCUGCUUCUUCUCCCUUCGCUAUGAAAUUCGUCGACAAACCCUCCGCCUCUUCUCUCCGCCGUGCCAAUUGGGAAAUUCAGAUCCUCCGGCGUCUCUCCGAUGACCCGGACCCGAACCCGUUUCUCCCACGUCUCUUAACUUCCUCAGAAUCUCCUGAAUUCGUCGCUUGGGCCAUACCUUACUGCUCCGGUGGCGACCUUAACGUCCUCCGUCACCGUCAAAACGACGGCGUCUUCAGUUCCUCCGUUAUUAAAUUCUAUUUAGCUGAGAUCCUCUGUGCGCUUGACCACCUUCAUUCCAUGGGGAUCGCUUACAGAGACUUGAAACCAGAGAAUAUCCUCCUUCAGGAAUCGGGUCACGUGACUUUAACCGAUUUUGACCUCUCGUGUACCCUCAAUAAACCCACCCGACCCGAAUUCUAUCUUUCCGACCCGGAACCGGAACCGAAUCCGGAAUCGAAACUCAGUCGUCUGAGAUUUUCCCGGCAGAAGAAGAAGACGAAAUCCGCUCGGGUUAACCCGAUUACCCGACGGAGAAUGAGUUUCUCCGGCGGAGACCGGUCGAAUUCGUUCGUCGGAACUGACGAGUACAUAUCGCCGGAAAUAAUUCGCGGCGACGGACACGAUUUCGCCGUCGAUUGGUGGGCUCUCGGCGUUUUGACGUACGAGAUGACGUACGGAGAGACACCGUUCAAGGGUAAAAACAAAAAGGAGACUUUUUGUAACGUGUUGAUGAAGGAACCUAAGUUCGCCGGGAAACCGUCCGAUCUAACGGAUCUGAUCCGUCGAUUGCUUGUGAAAGAUCCGACGAGGCGGUUAGGUUACCGGCGUGGAGCAGCGGAAAUAAAGGAGCACGCUUUCUUCAGGGGAGUGAAGUGGGACCUGUUAACGGAGGUGUUAAGACCUCCGUUUAUUCCGUUGAGAGAUGACGGAGAAUCGAAUGGAAACGUAACGGCAAGUGGGUUUGGUAUAAAGGACUAUUUCGAGAAACUGAAAACGAAUCCGUUACCGUUACCGCACGAGUGUUCUGAAAACAAUCCGUUUGUUGAUUUCUGAUCCACGCGUGGGAGAAUCUAACACUCAUAAUAUUUUUUUAGAUUUUCCUUUUCUUCAGUGUCUUUUUAGCUUUUCUGAUUUUGAUGUGUAUAAAAAAUAAUUGUUACGACGGGAAUCAAGAAACCGAACUGUGAUGAUAUUGUUAU